AUGACAGCUCUACGGAAAGCCUACCUGGCUGAAAGGAAAAGGAAAAAUCGCUCAAAGAAACAUGCGGAGGAGCAAACAAGCGAGUUGUCAUUGACAUUGGAUGAUACCGAACGCCGGCAUACAAUUACGAAUCGCAAUAGCAUAAAUCAUCAUGGAGAUAAGCGACCGGUCGUUGAGCCUAUUGAUCGAGCUAUACACGCACGUCAAGACAAGAUUACUUGGUCUUCAAAGCGUUACAUUAAGCUUGAACUCUUCCCUCACAUGCUCGGUAAUAAUCCCGAUCGACUACCGACAAAUGCCAAAUUUGAAUACUGCAAUAACCUUAUCAAAAACUUCAGACUCUUCAACCAUGGAAAAGUUGUCAUCCACGAUAAGAAAGACAAGUCUAAAAUUAUCGCCCUGAUCGAGUUCACCCCAUUCGACGAGAUGACGCCUAACGGAUUAGCCGAUAUUAAUUACAUCACACGGUUUUUGCAUUCGGAUAAACAAUUCGUCAAUGCAGUCGGAUCAGAAACGAGAUCAUGGGGAGGCAGAAUGUUUGCUAUAGGCUGGAGAAAGGCUAUGGUUGGAUUCCCGCUGAUUGGACUUUACCGCAAUAAAGCCGCAAUCGACCGUUCACCUCAAGCUUACGAAUCUCUCAUGAAAAAAUCCGAACAAGCUUCAAGUAUCCUUGGUCGAUUCUUUCGACAACUUGCCAAUGUUGCCUUUGCCGAUAACCAAGAAGUUAUGAAUCAAAAUUCUAUUCCAUCUAUCGGCCAGCCGGACUUUGGAAUUCCACUGGGAGACGACAACUGCGCGCCUAACUUAACAUUUACUUCGGAUGAUUUCUUCAACCCACCUCAUUGUGACACCGAAGACUUAUCCGAAUUUGCCUUUGGCUUGUUUACACCAGUGAAUAAAGGCGACUGGUCUCUUCCAAAUACGCGUCAAUUCUCACCAAUUCCGGGACGCACCUUCGUUUUUCCGGACUAUAGAUGUGGCAUUGAUUUAUCCAAAAACAAUGGAGUAGUGAAAAUGGUAUGGCGUGCCAAGGAUGUUCGACAUUGCACCAUCUACUUGGCAAAUACAUCGAUCUACAACCAAAUAGGGAUGUCCCUCCAAAUCAACAAAAAGACAGCAAAAACAUCCCACGAUAUAAAAUCAGGCAGCAUUUAUGAAAGACCCGCGUACAAAGAUGUGCCAAAAGACAAACUUUAUAUUGGUAAUGUCCAACAUUAUGUUAAAGGGCUACUUUAA